AUGAGCGAUAAUACCCGCAGCCAAGCUCGAUUGCUGGCUGCUUAUGGCUGGACGAUGUACCCGAGGGUUAGCGAGUCUACACAAAACGAAGGUGAGGCCGAUAAGGCUGCUGAUCUCUCUUCUUUCGCGACCUCCGUCAAGUCCUCGCUCUCACAGCCUCAGUCAGACGCGUCGCCUCUGAGCUGUCUUUCCACAGCAAGCACCAUCUCCCACGUGGACAUGUCCAUCGCCGCCAAAGAAGCAUGGCGUACGCCCAACCCGCGAGGUCCCCAAGACUUGACUGUGUGGCUAGCUCUAGAGUCGUCGAUGUCCUCCGGUGGUAUUGCCGCGUGGUUUGGCAAGCCUACGCCACUCUGA